AUGACGCCUCCUCCGUAUGCGGGCGUUCCGGGGGGGUGGGAGGACAAGACGCACAAGGGAAGAAGAAGCACAAGCAGGCACCGCAACCUGGCCCGGAAGGACGACAUUCGCUUGGGGGGGGGGCUGUUGGUUGCGUCGGCGAUCGUCACUCCAAGGCCUUCUUUCCAGCUUCCUCGCCCGCUUCUUCGUUCCUUCGCCGGGUGGGCUCGCUGUUCAAAAGUCAGCAACCAGGACAAGCACACAAACAUACAAGGGGCACCAAGGAGGAGCAGGGGCGGGGGCGGAUUACGAGGGGCCCUCAUCCUCGCGUGGCAGGGGUCUAGCUAUCAUGGCAAGAAAUCAGGGCAUGGGCAGGAAAAGCAGAAAAACGAGAGAGCCAGUCAUGGCCAUGUACUUCCAGGGGAGUCCCGGCUGAUCGUCGCGGGCGCUGGAGAUCACAGGACGAUGCUGGUGGGAACUUUGACUCCUGGUCGUGGUCUCGAACACUCCGAACCUCUCCACGUCUUCCCUGAUCUAACCGAAACUCUGCCAGCCGGCCGGUCGGCUUUCUGGUCGGCAGAGACAGCUGGAGGGAGGCAAAAGCUUGGCAAGACAACGCAGCGCAUCGCGCUUGUCGUGGUCGCUUCUCACAACGGCAAAAGCCUUUGGCGCGUCGGCACAAGAACCGACGGCCAUGAGAGAUGCGCGAGCAGCACGACUCAAGUCAGACACCCGCCAAAGCCUCGUUCAUACUGGAAUACGCAAAUUGACGUCGAUAAUGCUGACAUGAAAUGA